AUGAAUCCCCUCACCUUCUUUCCUCCACCAUCGCGCUCCCUAUCUCGACAAGGCGCGCCACCUCUCCGCAACAGCACCGCCACCGGCUCUUCAUCGCUCUCCAACUCUACCAGCGCUCUGGGUGGAUCAGCUAGCAACGGCAUCGGCUCAUCAUUCACCACUGCAGGCGGGAGCAGCAGCAGUGGUCAUCAUAGCCGCCAUUCCCGAACGCCCAGCUCGAGAUCCAGACCCGCUUCAUCGAGCAGCGCGCGCAGGCAACGUCCGCACUCCGCCAUCGACAGCAGCGGCAGCCAAUCGAACUCUACGACUCCUCCAUCCGGUCCAUCCGACUCGGAGGCUACAGCUUCUCAAGCUUCGGGUAGCAGAUCUCAAAGCAGGCGGCCAUCCACUUCUGCAGCAGGGGCCAGCGCAACAAGCAGCUUCGAUACAAAGGGAGCUUCACGAAACAUGUCCGCUCGAGCCAAGGUCCCUUCGCCCCGCGGCGGUCUGUCGCGCACCAUGUCGACCAGCAGCACAGAAGGUGGCAGUCUCAGCGCUGGAGCCCUCUCGGAUGCGGGCGGUGCUGGAAGCACUUCCGCUGGUAGCGACGCCAGUCGCAAUGGCAAGAGCGCGAACCCAGAGCAAGGCAGUCCCAGGACGAAAGACGCAGCCGCGGCCAAAGGCAGACCGCCGGGCAUGUUCUUUGAUUGGGUGAGACCGACUGAGAUCGCUCAAGCUUAUCGCAUGGAAAAGGAAGGAUUUGGAGAAGAUGCUGCGAGCUUGGACAAACUCAAGUACAGGCAAAAAAAUGCCAGUCACUUGUUCCUCGGAGCCUUUUUGCCCACGCCGCCGCCCAAGAUUGCUGGCCCUCUAAGCAUCUCCGCGACACCGCCUAGACAACUCGUUGCCUAUACUUGCGGCACAGCAGCCGCCGCUCUCACCCUUCGCAGCAUGUCGGUGCACAGCACGGAUGAGGAUGCAUGGUUGGUCUGCCUUCAUUCUGUAUGCGUCUUGCCUUCAUUCAGAGGCCGGGGUCUGGCCAAGCUGAUAAUCGAAGAGCUGGUCAAGCGAUUGCAGAGGGCUGAGCUGCAGAUUGGGGACGCAAAGUCCAGAGGACCUCAACGAGGCUACGAAUGCGUAGCUUUGCUAGCUCACGAGGAGCUUAUCCCUUUCUACGAAAAGUGCGCCUUCAAACUCCUGGGAGUGAGUCACGUACAGUGGGGCAGCGGGAGCUGGUUCGAGAUGCGGAGAUACCUCUUCCCGAAAGAUGGAAGCAAGCCAAAGGCGAUUGCAGAAGAGGCGGAGGAGACGGCCUCUGCAGGCGACGGGAGUGUAGCUGCAGCAGCUGCCACCGCUGAGGGCGACAAGAAGCAAGCAGCGUCGACAAGUCUUGCCACCUCGACGUCGGGGUCCUCUUCUGAAUCCAACGCUCGCAAGUCUCCCCCGCGAACGCCACCGGCCAACAAAGGAACAAGCAUCGUGACGGACGUCAAAGGCAUUGUCGAUAGUCCAGGUGCCGCGUCGGUACUCGGCGAGACGACCUUCUCUGCGGCGCAAGCUGCUUCGCCAAAUGCUGCCGAUGCUUCUGCGACGACCCCGUCGAGUGCGCAGUCGCCGCCGAGCUCGCAAGGCGGCAAGACUGGUCUGCCCCAGGGCAUGACCCAGGAGCAGCUCGUCGCUGCGCUGCGCUCUCAGACCCUGAGUCCGUCCACAUCAGGUCCGCGCAACCCUGGAAUGGCCUACUCGUCCGUGCUUGGCCAGGCGCUGGCGGCCAAGACUGCGGUCGAAGAUGCCUUCCACGCUCUGGAAGCCAGAUUGGUCAAUCGGGAAAGGAAUACGAACAUAGCGGAGCUCUACUGUCCCAGAGAGGAAUGCGGAUGCAAACUCAUCAAAAAGAAUGUCGCGGAGUGGGAAAUCGCCGAAAUGGGUCCGGUGAGUCCGCUUUGCGAGGCGGAAGCUCGUUGAUGCAUGCUUGCUCACCAUGUUGCGCCUCUUUAUCACAGUUGUCGUCGGCGAACCUCUCGCUUCCCAAUUCGCCAGCGCCACCUUCAGCGCCUCAACCGCCUCCGCCUCCCCAAUCCGCCCUUUCCAGAAUUCGUUCUGCAGUUCCAUCCUUCGGCGAGCAGAGCGGCUUGGGCGUGACGCGCACCCCUGUGCGGGGCUUCUGGACCCUCGUGUCUCCCCUCUCUUUCGAGAAUAUCGGCUUCUCAAAAGACGCGGCGUGGGUCGUUCCCGACCUGCCCACUUCGCCCAAUCCUUCAUCCGGAGGCAUGUCUCCCAUCGACGAAGAGGGAAGCGGCAAGUCUGCCCGCAAGCCUCUGGCAAAGCGAAAGAAUUCUCUGUUCUGGAACACGACGGAGAAGAAAAGGCUUGCUCAGGAGGAAAAGGAAAAGUCGGAGGCUGCUGCUGCUGCAGCAGCGGCGGCGGCCGAGGGGAGGAAUCGAGCAGAUGGAGAUGGAGCGCCGGGUAGAGGAGGGUCUUCGGAUCUGACGGUCAAGGUGAAAUACCUGCUUUGCGCCGAGUGCGAUUGCGGCCCGCUCGGAUAUACCGUCUUGCCUGUCGGCAUGCAGGAUGGAGGAUUUGCGAAGUCUGUAGGCGAACAGAUCAAGCCUGAUGCGCAACCUAGCGCUCAACCUGCCGAACCGCCCAUCUUUCUCAUCGCGGCAGAUCGAGUCAGGUAUCGCUUUCUGAAGAAUUGA